AUGAACGUAAAACCAACAGAAAGUUACAAUGAAAACUUAAGAAUUAAUGAAUAUGACAAUAUUCAAAAUGACAAAAACAAUAAUUCAAUUAAUUUAAAUAAAAAAGAUGGUGAUAACAAAAUCAUUGAAGAUUAUAAUUCAGGAAAUUCAUUAAUAUCAUAUAGUAGCAAAAAUAAAGAUCAAGUUGAAUCCCAAAAAAAAAGAAUAAAUGUAUCUUCUAUUACUAUUAGUGAUGAGAUAGAAAACAUGAUAAAAGAAAAAUCUAUAAAUACAGAAGAAAAGUCUAAAACUAGUUAUGACAAUUUGAAUAAAAAUAAAAAGAAAAAUUCUAAAAGUAGUUCUGAUAAAUUAAUUAAAAACAUCGUUGUUAUAGGAAAAUCAAAAACUACUCCUGAUAAAUUAUAUAAAAACACAAAUACAACAAAUAAAUUAAAAACUACUUUUUCUGAUCAAUCAUAUGAACAAAGUAAAAAUAAAAUAAAAGCGUUAAAAACUAUUCAUUUAGAUAAAUCAUUUUUAUUAAAAAGUAAUAUAUUUUCAAAUAAUAAUAAAGGAGCCUCUGAUGAUUUUUUUAAAAAUGAUGAUUUCAUUACAUAUUCGUCUGAUUGUAAAACAUUACCUACCGUUAACGAGGAAAAACUUAGAAUAAAAUCAGAGAGAACAAAAAAAUUAAUUUUUCAAAAGAAUAAGAAAAUAAACAGAUUAGCAUAUUCAUUGGAUAUUUCAAAAUACAAUUUGAAUGAAAAAAAAAAGUUGACACUUAAAAAAUGUAAUUCUACUUAUUUUAAUAAAAGAGGAAUUAUUUUAUACUUUUAA